GUGGUCUUCAAUUCCAGAUCACCGUUAGCUUUCCAGUCAUCUUCAGCAAGCAUCACAAUACUCAACACGGCAACGCUUCCCGAUUUCCCGGCCACAAUCCAACAAAACAAAUCACCUUUCCGUUUCGAAGUUCAUUUUCCAGCUUUCAGUUUCUCCUUUUUUUACUCUUAAAUCGCCACUUCAAGCAUAGGUUAGUCCGCUCAUCACCAGAUCGCAUCUCAGGUGCAUUCUGAGGAAGAUGAGCGGUGGCGGUAUGUUUACCGGCUUCACGAGGCUGUGCAAGGGGACGGCCGCCGUGCUUGUCGGUGGCUACGUCCUCGUUCAGAUUCUCCCCUCUGCUCUUUCCUAUCUUGCACUUAUACCUGCAAAAACUAUUCCCUUUGCAUGGAAUCUUAUAACAGCUGGUUAUAUUGAACAGUCCAUAUAUGGGGUGGUUGUCAGCAUUAUUGGGCUACUUUUCAUGGGGAAGCUGCUUGAACCUAUUUGGGGCUCUAGGGAAUUUCUGAAGUUUAUCUUUAUUGUCAACUUUUUGACUGCCGUCUGUGUUUUUAUUACAGCUAUAUCAUUGUACUACAUAACGAGAAUGGAAAGCUACCUGUAAGUGAUGCGGGAACCUCUAUAUGACUUAAAAACAUUGUUAAACAUUCAUCCUCAGUUUUCAGGGAUCAAUUUAAUGUGUCUGCUUUUUCUUGGUUUUUACUUUGUAUAUUCCAUCCAUUCUCAUCAACUCUUGUGCUUAAAUAGACUAUAUGUAGACAGGCAAAUCAACUUGACGUGUCAUU